AUGAGGACCUUUCUGGUUUGUGCCGCUCUGGUGCUUGCAACAACCUCCCAUGCGGUGGACUUUCUAGGUAGUUCACAGCAGAAGUGGGACGCAAGAGGACACAACACUUUGGGAGCAGACCCUAGUUCCUCAGGCUCUUGCAGCAUCAAGCUGAGACCUUCCGGCAAUUGUGGGGCCACGGCGGACGAUGCCGAGGAGUGCCCCUACCAGGUGACACUACCUCCUCUGACCAUCCAGCUGCCCAAGCAAUUCAGGCUGCUGGAGAAGACCAUGAAGGAGUUGCAGAGCCUGAAGGAGGUGGUGAACAAGCUGAAGAGUAGCUGCCAGGAGUGCGGCGGCACAAGGGGGAGCGGAGCCUACGGGCACCAGCAGGCGGACCAGGGACAGACAGCGGAUGUAGACUUGACUAGGCAAGAUGUAGAAAGUGGGUCCAGCCAAGAAGAGAGGGACAACGGGAUGGUGUCUGGACCUUCUGUAGAAGGCACUAAUCUGGGACACCAACACCAUUUGGGGACAAACACACCCGGGUCAAGCAGUAUGCAAGAGAUGCAGGUGAAGCUGAAUAGAAUGUCCAUUAGCCUGCGCAACGCCAGGAAUCAAAUCACAACUUUGCAAGGCAGAAUGGAGGGCCUCAACCUGCUCAACAUGGAUAACGUGCAGUCCAUGGUGGACAGACGCGUGGAGAACAUCACUGGGGUGGUCAACAAGCUGAGCUCCACUUGCAACACGCAAUGUGCGGUCCAGAAUACGCCACAAUUCAUUUUAGCCCCGCGGGACUGUUCAGACUACAAUGUGCUGGAGACAAGGAAAAAUGGCGUGUAUCGCAUCACCCCUGACCCCCGCAACGGGACGUUUGAGGCCUAUUGCGAUAUGGAGUCUUUUGGUGGCGGCUGGACGGUUAUACAGCAGCGACUCGACGGGUCUGUCAGCUUCAACCGCACCUGGGCUGAAUACAAGAAAGGCUUCGGCAAUCUCAGAGGUGAGUUCUGGCUGGGCAAUGACCACAUCCAUCUGCUGACAAAGGCCAAAGACAUGACGCUGCGUAUCGAGCUGGAGGACUUUGAGGGGGUGCGCGAGUACGCCAAGUACGACCAGUUCUAUGUGGCCAACGAGUACCUGCGAUAUCGGCUGUCAAUCAGUGGAUACAGCGGGACCGCCGGGAACGCCGUCACCUUUAACAAGCACUUCAACCACGACCAGAAGUUUUUCUCCACCCCGGACCGCGACAAUGACAUGUAUCCCUCAGGGAACUGCGGCGCCUACUACAGCUCUGGCUGGUGGUUUGACGCCUGCAUGUCAGCCAAUCUCAACGGGAAGUACUACCACAAACGGUACAAGGGGGUCCGGAACGGCAUCUUCUGGGGAACGUGGCAUAACAUGUCGACGGAGUACUACCCAACCAACUACAGGCAGGCUUUCAAGACGGUCAAGAUGAUGAUACGGCCCAAGAAUUACGUUCCGUAA